CGACCUGCAGCAACGCGUUUCGCCACCAACUUCCACAUGUUGGACCGCUUGAAGAAGCAGCGAAAAGCGUUGGUGGCUAUGGUCACAACAGACGAGAGGUGGACAGCGACGUUGGUUCCCCAUGCACAGCGAUCGACCUUCCACGAGAUGGAAGAUGUCUUGCUUGAUGCAGCAGGGUUUUGGGAAAAUGUCAACAAGGCAAUCAAUGCCGUAUACGACAUUGUUUUGCUGUUGAAGGUGGUGGAUGGCAACGGUCCAACCAUCAACAAGGUUUAUGCGAAGAUGGACAGGAUAGUGGAAUGCCUGCGAGUCAACAAGGACCUGACGGCAGAGGACCGGGAGGAGAUCGAGGUGAUGGUCAUGCGCAGAUGGAAUGCUAUGACCACCCCCCUCCAGUGUGCAGCCCUGUUCUUGGAUCCGGAGUACCGGACAUCUGAGCCGCACAACGAUCCAGAGAUCCAAGAUGGAUUCUACACUUGGGUGUACACAUGGCUGAAAGGGUCGCCGCAGGAGGUGUGCGACCAGGUGGAGUACGAAGUGGAUUGUUGGGUUCAAAACAUUGGGAAGUUCAGUUCGCAAGCAGCCACGGAUGCAGCCCGUAAGCAAAACCCUGCAGCAUUGUGGAAGCGCAGGUGCAAUGAGCUGCAACACUUGCAGCCCCAUGCCAUUCGGUUGUUGGGGCAAGGGUCGUCGGCUUCAGGUUGCGAAAGGAAUUGGAGCCUUUUUGCAGCAAUUCACUCCAAAGAGCGGAAUGCCUUGGCCCCUGAGACAAUGCACAAAUUGGUGUACACGAAGUGGAAUAUGCGCCUGGUUGACUCGCUGCAGCAGAUGCCGGAGAGGGCAAAAGACCUUGUUGAAUGGGAUGACCCACCGACGGAGGAGGAGCAAAAGGAGGCUAAAGAAAGAGUGAAGUUGGCUGAACGCAGAUUGAAGAGCCUUACCUCGGCUGGUGACGAUGUUGUUCCACCUGUUGAUGGCGGGGGUGACGAAGAUGGGGAUGAAGCUGUUGUUCCGUGCCGUGAAGAAUGCAACCUUGAGGAGAUUGAGGAGGGUCGUUGCGGGGACUGGUGUGGAUUGACAAAGGCAGGCAACUUCCUCGUCAAGCGUUCCCAAACUGAAGUGCGAAGGAGGGCACGCACCUUGGGAGCAGAGGAGCACAUGCGUGCCCACAGAAAGGGGGGUGGUGACACACUGCCUCAUGGUGCUGCGACGACAACACCACAAAAGGAGACAGGGACAUCGUCGGCACAGCCUGAUCCUCCACGCCAAAAAAAAGGUAGAGGCAGGCCAAGAAAAACGCCAGCGACGGAUGUGGGGGGUUCAGAUGCCAUGACUGCGGAGGGAGAGAACAACCCUGCGCAGACACUCAAGGAAAACCCUGCGCAAACACUUGAAAAGAACGGAGGAGAGGGGAGCAAGGAUGAGGGGGGCAAGGACGAGGGUGUGGCAAGGAAGAGGCCACGUGAUGAUGAAGAGGAAUGUUCAUCGGACUACUCAUCAGACGAUGAUGAGCGGCCAUUGGCUGAGAAAAAAAGGAAGGGGACAUAGAGAGAGAGAGAGAGAGAGAGAGAGAGAGAGAGAGACUGCCGGUUUUGGGGCGGUCAUUCAUGAUUUGUCAAUCAUGAUUCA